CCCCUGAUAAGCGUGGAAAGCCCCCUCCAACUCCUUGGGGCCAGGAGAGUGGGGGGGAUUAGUUGUGUCUGGGGCAGGUUUGCACAAGGCAAGACUGGGCCUGAGCAAGCUGGCAGGGCGCCAGGCACUUGGCUGCAGGUGACCAGCCGGCGGCUGGGGCUGGGGGUUCCUUCAGCCCCCUGUUGGGGGUCUGGCGUGCAGCCCACGGUGGGCUUGCUCACAGAGCUGGGUGGGACUGUGCCUGAGCCGGGAGGGAGGAGUGUUGGGUGCUGCCUCGCAGGCCAGCUGGCCACUUUGGGUGCUCGGGGACUUAGAGCCCAGGCCAGCCACAGGUUCCCCCCACCACACACACAUCUGGCAGCUGGGAAAGCCAGGUUCUCGGCACUCCCUGGCCAGGCUGCAGGGAGGUGGCCGUGGGCUGGCCCACCCAGCCCCCUGGGAGCCGCUGUCCUCUUUGGGCUGGAGCUGGACUGCUUUGCAUUGCGAAGGCCACUGUCAGCGAGGCUGGAGGCUGCUGUCUCUGUCGGAGGCUUGGCAGGGUUGAGUUUUGUGUUCAGUGCCAUCCUGACAGGUCCAGCUGCCCAGUGCACGGCAGAGUGCGGCUGCCCCUCGCUGCCUGGGCCCACCGGGGGUCACAGGGCCCUCCUGGCCUGUCUGGAGGGCACCUGGGGUUGAGUCCCGGCUCUGUUACUCUCUGGUUCUGGGAAGUGGGCCUGGCACAGAGCUGAGAAGUUCAGUAGCCGGAGUGCUGUGUGGGCCCAUUGGCUGGAGCUGCCCCAGUGAUGUGAGAUGGGCGUGCAUGUGGCAGGUGGGGGAACUGAGGCCCAGAACGAGGAAGUGGCUUGGCGGGAGACCGUUGUCAACUGAGCCUGGCCCGUUGGAUGACUGCGGUGGCUGAACGGGGAAGGAAGGACUGGGCCGCACAGCCUGGCCCAGGUAGGACUGUCCUGUGGGCACCUUUCCCGUGCACCGGCUCUGGUUCUGCUGGGAACAGCUCACAGGGCUGCCCCUUGCAGUGGGGCGGUGUCUGUCCUGCGAUGCCUGUGGUCUGUGGCUGCCCACACAGGGACCUGGUUUUCAGCGAAGAGCGGGCCCUGGCUGGGUGACUUUGGAUGAGCGCCUCACCUCCCUUAAUGGCACGCACCAGCGAUGACGGGGCUGGCUCCCUGCUGUGCCAGCUGUAUCCUCGAGCGGAGGUGGAGGUGGGAGGCCACGAGAUUCUUGGUCCCAUCCCCCGGAUGUGGACACUGAGGCCUGGAGAGGGAGCCAUCUGCCAAGAUCCAGACUCAGGAUGUGCCUUCAACCAGGCUGUCGUGUCUCCGAGCCUCAGUCGCCUCUUCUGUGAAAUGGGGGAAGUCCUGCCCGCCCUGGGGCUGUGAGGAGAAAGGGCAGUGCAUAGCCAUGUCUGCCCGGCAGCAGCUGCAGCAGAGGGCCCACCCCCCAGCUCCUCCCGGGUCUUGGGGUGGUCAGCAGGGGGCCCGUGUGUGAGCUGGGGGUGAAGACAGAGUCCUGAUCCCACCGAGGACUUGAUGGCGGAGGUCCUGCCUCCCAGCCCCUGGAGCAUUGUCACCUGUCAGUCUUUCCAUCGCCCUGAGCUGCCCCCGCCUCUGGGAAAGUCUGGGGAGUUCCGGAUCUGGGUUCACUGGGUCUGGAUUUCACCUCCAUUUUCCUGUCUUCCCUCCUGGCAAGGAGCCUUGGAUUCCCGAAACCCGCUGAGGCCGAGUGGGCUGGGGACGGGGAGAAGCUGGCGUGGGCUGCCCGCAGGCUGGGCACCUGCUUGCUGCUGGCAGAUGUGGCUGGAGAGCGGAGAGUGGAGCCAGGUCAGAGUGGCUGUGGCUUUGGCUCAGAGGUGGGGAUUCCUGGGUUCCCACUCCCACCCUGGUCUGCAGCUAGGGCCUCAGCCCGGGCCCCGUUGUUUGCAAGUUGGGGUAGGGUCUGGGCUGCCUGGACCUGACUAGACCCUGGGCCCAGAUCCAGAUCGGCAGCAUCUCCCCCCUCCCUCCCCCCCGCCCAGCCCCAGAGAGCCCUCAGGUGGCCCAGAGGCCUGGCGCUGGCGCAUGUAGGCUGUGCCAGAGUGAGCCAGGCCCCAGGCCCCACCCCUGCAGCGCCCGCCCUCCUCACUGGAGUGUUUCCCUGGGUGUUGGGUGCCAUGGCAACAGCUGGGUACACAGCUCCACCUGACCCAGUUUGAGCAGGUAGAGCAGGUGGUACGUCGGCUGCUCCUCAGCCUUAUCUUUCCGAGGCCUCCCGAGAGACGGUCACCCUCGCGGUCCUGUCCCGAGCACCUGUGCUGUGCGGCAGGCCCCGUGCCGGGUGUUAACAGAUGGCAUCUCUGUUAAUCCUCUCGGCCGCCCAAAGAGGCACUGAGGCCAAGAGGCGAAGAUGCACACCGCAGGUCGCCUGGGUGGUGACGGACAACCAGGAAAAUUCUGCUUUUAUCAUGAUGGGUUACCGCCCCGUGCGCGUACUGCGUGUGGGAAGUCGAGCCCCUGAGGUGCACUGUCAGCUCCGCCCUGCAGCCUCUCUGGGAGCUGAGGGCGUAGCCUCCGCUUAGAGAAGAGGGCAGAUUGGGCCGGUGCCUCUCAGCUGGGUGUAGCACAGCUGUGCUUUGUGGGCAGGUCCGGCUCCAAAGCUCUGUCUGGCCUUGGUGGCAGUGGGUUAGAAGCAGACCAUCAGGUGGAGGGGUUGGGGGCCGGGUACAGGCUGGCACAGGGGCACGCUGGGCAUUUGCCAAGGUCUCCACCCAGAGGCCUCCCAGGCAGGCGCAUGCGAAUGGCAUCUGGGUCCCGGGAGGGAUGCCGAGGUCGCAGCCAAGUCUGCUGAGUGCAGAAACAGCGAGCCAGGCGCAGGCGUCCAGCCCUGAGCCAGCUUGUCCAAGGCGGCCUGCAGGCACGAAGAAUCCCAAACAUCCCGAGUGGACCCUGCUCCUGCUGGCACCAGUCCUGCGGCCUGCCCUGUGCACGUGGCUGGCCGUGUCUGGGCGGGAAGCACCAGGAGGCGCUGACCCGGCUCACCGUAGGGCCUCACUGAAGGAGAAAGGCGGGAAGCGUCCCCUCGGCCAGUGUGUGGGGAAGCAGGCCUGGGGCAGAGGAGAUUUGCCAGGGCCACUUUGUGGGAGGAGCUAACGUGCAGCAGGGCAGACUCUAGACUGGCCCCGAACUCCUGCCCCCUCUGCCUCAGUUCCCCUGUUUGCUCAAAGGAGGCGGGCUGAGCCUUUUUUUUUUUUUUUUUUAUGUUAACUUAUUUAUUUGAAAGGCAGAGUGAUGGAGAGGGGGCGGGGGAAAGAGUGAGAGCAAGAGAGUGAGAGAGAGAUCUUCCAUUCACUGUUUCAUUCCCCAGAUGGCCGCAACAGCCAGGUCUGGGCCAUACCAGAGCCAGGAGCCUAGAACUCCAUCUGGGUCUCCGUGAAUGGCAGGGGCCCUGGUGUUUGGGCCAUCCUACGCUGCUUUCCCAGGAGCAUUAGCAGGGAGCUGAAUCAGAUUGGCACCCUGGUAUGGGAUGCCCAUGUCACAAGUGGCAGCUUGACUCCCUGGGCCACCACCCCGGCCCCAGCUUUGAGCCCGCAGUUGGCUCUCCACGGAGCUGUCAUCUGGGCUAGCUGCACAGGUGCUUCCCACCUUCCGGGGGCUCAGCCUGGUGCCGACCCAGAUGGGAGGGAUGUUUGGGAUUCUUUGAGCGUGAAGGAGGCCUGGGCUGGGUCAGCUCUGCAGCUGGAGGCCCUGUGCCCAGGCCUGGUCCCUGGGGAGGCGAGCCUGCUGGGUCUUUGCGUGCACACACUGCGUGCUUGGCCAGCACUCUGCUCCCAGGCCCAGCCCCGCCUCCUUGGGAAAGGCUGUGGAAUGCCACUUGCACCCACCGCCCUGCGAAGCCCGCUCGGGGGCCCAUCUUGGUGUGGAGCUGCGGGAGGGCACGUGGAGACAGACGAUGGUUCCAUCCCCUGGGGCUGAGGGGAACAAGGGGUUGUGCAGGUGCACAGGGGCCCCCAAGGUGAGCAGGGCGUCCACUUGGCCUUCCAGAGCAGGGACUCUGGACGCCGAGAAUGCCAGGGAGGGAGGGAGGAAUCCAGUAGGGCCAGGUCCCUGGUGCACUGCUGUCCAACACGCUGGGCCUGCAGAGGUGAAUGGGACCAGGCAGCCUACACCCAUGGCCCUCGCAGGCUGGGGCGUCCUGGAAACCUCGAGCCGGGCAGAGCCUGGCAGAGGAUGGGGAGGCACUUCCGUGUGGUCGUCCGUCUGCUUUCCUGAUGCGUGUUGACUGAGCACCCGCCCAGGCGGGCAGCACUGCCCUGGGACAGGGCGCAUCAUCACGAGAGGGAGGCUUCCCCAGGGAAGGGAAGUCUGGGAGGCCCGGGGCAGGGGCUUGCCCUGGAAGAUUGGGCAGAGCCUUUGGAGUCAAGGCUCCUGGUCCAGGUCAGGGAAGGGUGGAGUCCACGAAGUUUGCCUGAUAGGAUGGUGGCUCUCGGCUGCAAGGGGCCCUACCCCCGUGCACAGUGAGGAACAGCUGGAGUUGGCUGGGCGAGCAGUGCUGGCCUGGCCUGGCUGGGCAGGGGGAGGCAGAGGCAGGAGAACUGACAGACUGGAGAGAGGGUCUGCAGGCAGAGUGGCAGGUGAAGGCCCGGCCCCUUGCCUGGUGCUUGGAACGUGCCGGAAGAUGGACGUGCACGGUGGCCGAAUGCAGCCAGGCUUCUGUUGAUCCAUCCAGUGUUCCAGUAGCUUUUGGUUGCAUGAAAAUCCACUCUGGGUUUCUCUCACAUUGGAAGCUCUGAAGCAGAGUUGUGGGGCAGUGUUUGUCUCUGGGGACUCUGCAGCCACCUCCUGGCGUGUGCCGCCUGCCUGCUCAGGCUCCUCCCAGCCCCGGCACGGCCCUGGUUUCCUGGCAUGCUCUUGCCUCCUGCGUGUUACUUGGUCCAGCCUGGUCCCCUGGGCCCCUGUGUGUUGGUUUUCAGUGGGCAGGCACAACAGGUUGAGCCGUCUGUGGCUAGAAGUCCCGCUGGCAGGAGGAGUGGGCAGGGCCAGGCUAGUGGGCCUCAGAGGCCAGCCUGGCAGAGAGACUGUGGCACCAGGCCAGCUGCUGGUGGCCUUGGUGAGGCCUGAAGCUGCCCAGCCUGUGCCUGGCCUUGGGUUUGAUCUUGGGUCCUGCCUUUGCUGCCAGCUGGCCACACCAUUGGCAGGUGCCACCCUGCUGUGUGCCUGGCAGCCUAGCGGCUGCCCUGACUUGAGUUGAUCUGACUCUGUGACGCCAGGGCCGUCCCUUGAGGCCUGUUCCUUGCCUGGAGCUGUGUGCUGGGAGCCACUGUAGCCAGGGCUUCGCAGCAGCUGCCGGCUGCAUGCGAGCAGGCCCUGCCUGGGGACCCUGAGCGACACUGAGCCCUGCUGUGCAGUACCAGGGAGUCCUUGCCGUCAUUCGGGGGCCCUGCCUGGGUGUUGGGAUGGCCGCUGGCCAGUCUGCUCCUGGGCUUGGGAGUCUGGUGACCCACACGAUGACCUUGCUGCUGCUCUCCUGCUGCUAGGAACUAGCGGUAAGAUCCGCGGCAGCCAGGUUAGGCUCCUCCUCAUCUCACCAGGUCCCAGUAGAGAGCCACAGAAAGGGUUAAGCAGGGGAGAAACACCAGAUGUGCUUAGAAAGAUACCUGGAAGCAACCAGGGGUGGGGGGCGCGGAGGGUGCUCCUUAGUGUGCCUCUCGCCUGGCAAGUGCUUUGGAGUGCAGAGACCCCAGACCUGACCCCAACUCUGCUCGGGGACCUGUCAGCCACCCUUGGCCUGUGGGUCGGUGGGGCCUGGCCGUGGUGUCUCCCCGGGGCUGUGCAGCAGACCCUGGGUCUGGGCUCAGCCUCUUUCUGCACCCAGGACUUGGAAGAGGUCUCGCAUGCAGGCUCAGCACUGCCCGGCCCUCUGCCCAGCCCAGAUGUCGACAGGAGGCGGCCAGCCCUUGGCCCCAGCUGUCGGCUCAUUUCCAUGGGGGGAGGAAGCAGCUCCAAGAGGGGACUUUCUGCCCGUUUGGUUGCUGCCUUGCUGCCCCACCACACCCAGGGAGACAUUCCAUCCGCCGUGCCUCUGCCGCUCGGCGCCUGUGUGUUGGGCAGGGACUUAGCCCCCAGCCUGGGUGCCCCUGCACUGUGCUGUCAGGAGGAUGUGGGGAGAUGGGUAAGGUAGUGUCUGUUCAGUGGCCAGCUCGGCCCUGGCACACAGUGAACACUGUAGGACACGGUCUGUCCUCCCGUCCCUGGGCUGAGUCAAGGCCGGGGGCCAGAUGAUGAUGUCACUUACCCCUGGGGGCCAGGACGCGGAGUGCUGCCCGGAGGAGGUCCUUCCUUUUCUGGGCUCUCUUUGUCCUCACAGGGAGGGGAGCCGGCGCAGAGCACACCUGGGUCUGAGCUCAGUGCCCAGUGGGGUCAGCCUGCCUGCUUGCCCUAUGGGCUGCAGCCUGCCCCGCAGCGGUGUGUGGCUGCUUGCCAGCGAGAACCAAGUGCGGCCGCUGGUUCGGGCUGGGCUGACGGAGGCCUCAAGGAGGGGAGGGCCCUGCCCAGCCAGCUCUGGGACCUGCCGUGGCAGACAGGACAGCUCCCCUCGGAGCGGAGGGUCCCAGCUGCCAGACCACGGGCGGGCUUUGGCUCUCCUGGCCCUUGCCGCGGCCUCUGCCACCCCUCACGGCUCUGGUCUUCGUGCCUCUGCUGCUGCAGUCGCUGCCUCCUCUGCUCCCGCCCCCUCUUUCUCCACCCGCUGAACGCCUGCUCGGCCAGGAGCCCCUCCAGGAAGCCUCCCUGGCCCCUUUCGGCCCUGUCAGCCCUGUGGGCCCUUCCUAGACAGGAGCGGCUGCACUGCAUCUUCUGGCUCGGGCCUGGGGCUUCCUGCCGCGAGUUGGUGCUGGUGCUGCCCCGGGCCUGGGACUCUCCUCCCCUGGCUCUGACCCAGUGUGGGUGUGGGUGUGGGACUGUGUGGCGGCCACCGCCAGCUGCGGGGCCCAUCGCUCCCCCCGCCCCCGCCCUGUGGCUGAGUUGUCAGCCCGUGUCAGGAGCAGCCCUCGCUUGCACCCUGGACAGCUGGGUGGCCCUGUGGGCUCAGAGACAGCGAUUGAGAGGGGUCUGGGGACUGAAGGCGUGGGCCGGGUGGACCCCUCCCAGCAGGGUAGAGGCUGGGGCCUGACUCCGAGCCCUGUGUGCUCUGACAGCUGCUCAGUUCUGUGGCCGUGGGCAAGGAACGUGCCUUCACAGCCUCAGCCUCCUCUUCCAUAAAAUGGGGCUCCCGCGAGGGGAGGAGGGCGAGUGGCCGAGCCUCGGAGCAGGGAGCUGAGAACACAGAGCGCGAGAGGAGCUGUGCGGCCUGGCGCUCUGCGAGGGCGGAAGUCUGGGUGCUCUUCACACGCCAGGUGCCCUGCCUCCCACUGCUUCCUGUCUGAGCGGCGAUGGGGGCAGCACACCUGUGGCUCCUGCUCCGCCCAGGCUCCCCCUCCCCCAGUCACUCUGUGACAGUGUCCUGGGUACUUUCUGUGUGUGGCCUGGGCUGGGCUUCAGGAUUCAGUCCCUGCCCCCACAGGGCCCCCUGCUGUGGGGGAGCCACAGGAACCCAGUCAGUGCUGUGGUGACAGCCCGAGUGGUUGGGAAAGGCAGCCACAGCAGAGCGGGGCUGGGGGGUGCAGGGAGGGGCUUGUGUACCCUGAGGGUGGGAGCUGUGGAGAGGUAUGGAGCUCGGAUCUGUUUCAGUGAUGGGCUUGGCUGCUGGCCCCCAGCUGGCAGAGAGAGCAGGUGGCUGCCCGCCUCUGGGGUCACGGAUUGGCUCAGAACUGAACUCGACGCGAGCUCUGCCGUGGAGCACCGCCGUGGAGCACCCACGAGCCGCUGGGCUAAGCUGGCUGGGCCACAGCAGGGGGAUGCUCUUGGUAUCCAGGGAGACGCUUUGGGGAGGGGGCCGCGUGGGGUUGUCCUGUGAGGAAAGGCUGUAUCUGCAGGGAGUCAGGGCCUGUGUGCAUCCGCCCCGUGGCCGCUGGUGUCGUGGGUGUGUCCUCCCCAGGAGCGUGUGCGCGUGCCGGUCUGUGUGCCGGGAAGAAGCGUGGCGAUGGCACCGUCCUGGUGGUGCUGGACGGGGUGACAGUCCUCCCGACAAAGGGCACCUCUCUGGGUGCCUGGGAGCCCAGAAGAGGCCUUGGCUGCUUUCCUGGGACUUUCUGCCAAGGGACCCUGGAGGGGCCUGGCCCCAGGAGCACCACUCUUGUUUUCAGGGCCAAAGCUCCUCUCAGCAGCUGCCCGUCCUCUCUGGCUGGCUGUUUCCCUCCUGCCUCUGUGGCCCGCUGUGGGGCUUGGGAGUGCAGAGGGAGGAAGGCUCCUGAGGCUGGCUGACCGUGAUCUCUCUAGCCUUGCUUCCCUCCUCUGUGAAAUGGGGUCAUGCGCUUCCCCAUGGUGCUUGAAUGAGAUGGGUGUGUGCCUGUCGUAGCCCCUGGUGUGGAGUGGGCUGGCAGUGGUCGCUGUGCGUCCAGGGCGGCGACUGGAGGGACCCAGGGAGGAUGAGAGGAAAGAGGUGCGUUCCUCCAUUCUCCCGUCCAGCAAAUCUCUGUGAGUGGAGCCCGGCCAUGGCCCUGACCUGGGACCACGGAAAGAAGCGCAGAGCAUGGCUCAGGGAGGGGGGGCGUCUCUACUCAGCUGGCCCUGGCCCUACCCUCUCUCUGGGUGGGCCUUGGGCUCACAUGCCCCAUUGCAGCUCCAGGAGCAGGCCUCCCUCUGGGGGGUGUGGCAGCUGAAGAGGACUCCCACGGCACAGCUGGGCCUGAGCGAGGCUGUCCAUGCCCGUGCUGGACACAGGCAAGACCAAGGCCUGGCCAACUGGAGGUACCCCAGGGUCCUACUCAGGCCCCGCUCAUAAUAAACACUCAGUGAACUCGUGUGGAUUGGCCCAGGGCCGAUCCAUGAGUCUGCAGAGAAUCAGGUGUCCGGGGAGGAGGUGGAGACCAGUGGGUCAGGGCCUUGUGGUCCUGGGAAUUUCUGGGCCUUCCUCCUGCGGUUGGAGUCCUGGGAGCUGCUGAAGUCAGCUGGAAAAACGGGUCCGAGGGUGUGCCGUGCUGUGAGGAAAAGUUACCACCAUCCAACUCAGAGGUCCGUGAUGCUGUGUGGACCAGUAGGAACACAGGGAGAUGCAGGCAGUGAUGGCGGUGAGCCCCGGCCCCCGGACUCUGCAGAGGGUGAGACCCAGCCACGGCCAGGGGCUGCCGGCAGGGCUGUGAAAGGCACUCACUGAGUCACAGCGCACUCAGUAAGCGCCUGCUGUGUGCCCGGCGCCACCCUUGGGGAACAGCAGUGAGCAGAGCAGCAGCGCCCGCCGUGUCCGAAGAGCCUUGCUCUGUGCUCACCGUGCGUACUGGGGCCCCAGGCCCAGGAGAGGAAGGUGGCUGGGGGCCGGGGGUCCCGAGGGCGGGGCAUCCUCAUGACUCGAAUCCAGCCAUUCGUGGCACUGGACCGGGAUGGGGAUCCUCCUUCCUCCGACCUUCCUCCUUGUGAAUCAAACACCACCCGGGCAUGAGUCAGCCAGGAGAGGCCCGGACAUGCCUGGGCUGUCUGCCAGCCCACCUCCCUGGACGUUCCAACCAGGUUCAAGGCCUGAUCCACGGUCCUGGAUCCAGGGAGGGGAAAGGGGGCCUAGGCCAGGGACUCUGCGUGCCUGGCCUCCUGCUGGACCACCUGCCUCAGAGCGGAGCGGAACUUCAGGCCCCACCACCUCCCACCCCCAGGGAGGAGGUGCAGGAGAACUGUGUCCGGUGGCGGAAGAGGUUCACCUUCGUGUGUAAGAUGAGCGCCAACCCGGCCACAGGCCUGCUGGAUCCCUGCGUCUGCCGCGUGUCCGUGCGCAAGGAGCUGAAAGGCGGGAAGGCUUACUCCAAGCUGGGCUUCGCAGACUUGAACCUGGCCGAGUUUGCAGGCUCGGGCUCCACGGUGCGCUGCUGCCUCCUGGAGGGCUACGACACCAAGAACACGCGCCAGGACAACUCCAUCCUCAAGGUCACCAUUGGCAUGUUUCUGCUCUCCGGAGACCCCUGCUUCAAGACGCCACCGUCCACUGCCAAGUCCAUCUCCAUCCCGGGCCAGGACUCCUCCCUGCAGCUGACGUGUAAGGGUGGCGGGACCAGCAGUGGUGGCGGCGGCAGCAGCACCAACUCUCUGACAGGGUCCCGGCCCCACAAGGCCCGACCCACCAUCCUUAGCUCAGGGCUGCCGGAGGAGCCAGAGCAGAACCUGUCCAGCCCCGAGGAGGUGUUCCACUCUGGCCACUCCCGCAACUCCAGCUACGCCAGCCAGCAGUCCCGGAUCUCUGGCUACAGCACGGAGCACUCGCGCUCCUCCAGCCUCUCGGACCUGACGCACCGCCGCAACACGUCCACCAGCAGCAGUGCCUCGGGCGGCCUCGGCAUGACCGUGGAGGGCCCCGAGGGCAGCGAGCGGGAGCACCGGCCCUCCGAGAAGCCGCCGCGGCCCCCGCGGCCCCUGCACCUGUCAGACCGCUCGUUCCGGCGGAAGAAGGACUCGGUGGAGAGCCACCCGACCUGGGUGGAUGACACGCGCAUCGACGCUGACGACAUCGUGGAGAAGAUCGUGCAGAGCCAGGACUUCACCGACGGCAGCAACGCCGAGGACAGCAACCUCCGGCUGUUCGUGAGCCGGGACGGCUCCACCACGCUGAGUGGCGUCCAGCUGGCCAACAG